UUUUUAUGUGGAUUACAGUAAAAUUUUUGAUGAAAACCGCAGUUUACAGUGCAAAUCUUUACGAUUAUUCGUGCCUCAGUUUGGGUUCCAUCGAAGUACAUUAACAUCUGCAUAGUUCAUAGCAAAAGUAUUGAUAAAAAAGUUUACUGUUUACCCGACCCAUUUCGAACGUUAGUAAGAAGGAAGAAGAACAAUCCCAUACGCAGAAGUAGUGCAAUUUUUAUUCCUUCGAAAAAGUUAGUGCCACACUUUUCUCCAGCGGCACAGAUGCUGCUAGCGGUGCUUGUCCUCGUAGGCACUGCUGGACUGUGAGAAGAAAGUAUUGCGGACUGCGCCACAGGCCGAAGGUGCCGGAGCCGGUUUUUGUUUGCUGCCAAUCGGAAGGCAGAGCAGCUGCAGUGACGACUAGGCGACGGAACGGCGCUUCGAGCGGUUCCACUGGCAAGCAGUCACGAUGUUGACGCAUAAAAACAAUCAGGGUGGCCGGAAAAAGAUGCAGGUAUCGUUCGUGAUUCGGGACGCAGAAGAGAAGCGACACCGAAAUGGAGUGAACGCCCUGCAGCUGGAUCCGAUAAAUGGGCGGCUCUACUCGGCCGGCCGCGACGCCAUCAUUCGGGUGUGGAAUUCAACGCAAACCAACUCGCAGGAACCGUACAUCCAGAGUAUGGAACAUCACAACGAUUGGGUGAAUGAUAUCGUACUGUGCUGCGGCGGGCGGAAUUUGAUAAGCGCCAGCUGUGACACGACCGUGAAAGUGUGGAAUGCCCACAAGGGGUUCUGUAUGUCGACCCUGAGAACGCAUCGAGAUUACGUGCAGGCACUGGCGUAUGCCAAGGACCGCGAGCAGGUGGCCAGUGCCGGGCUGGAUAAGGCAAUAUUUUUGUGGGAUGUUAAUACACUGACGGCACUGACUGCUUCAAAUAAUACUGUUACGACAUCGAGUAUUACGGGAUCGAAGGAUUCAAUCUACAGUCUGGCAAUGAACCCCUCCGGAACGAUAAUCGUGAGCGGUUCGACGGAAAACACCCUCCGCAUUUGGGAUCCUCGGACCUGCAACAAGAUCGCCAAGCUGAAAGGGCACACUGAGAAUGUGAAGGCGUUGGUGGUGUCCGAGGAUGGUACGCAGGUCGUAUCGGGCAGCUCGGACGGAAAGAUUAAAUUGUGGAGCAUUGGCCAGCAGCGGUGUAUUCAGACAAUCGGUGUCCAUACGGAAGGCGUUUGGGCUUUACUCAUGACAGAUAAUUUUUCGCACGUAAUUUCCGGUAGCAGGGAUAAAAAGAUUGUGAUGACUGAGUUGCGCAAUCCAACGAACAGUGUGUUGAUCUGCGAAGAACGAGCUCCGGUGCUGAGCUUGUGCUAUAACAUCGACCAGACCGGUCUCUGGGCGACAACGUGGAACAGUGAUAUCCGGUGUUGGAAGCUGAACAAAACGGAUAAGUUGAGUAACUAUAACUACAGUAGCAACAGCAGUAUCAACAGUAACAGCGGAGGAACCGCCGUUGAUGGGAAUCCGAUUACGAACUCGACCGCUUCGUUGGGUUCUGCGAAUGCCGUCAACACAGCCGGCGCCAGUCAGGGAAAGGGCUACGAAGUGGCCUGCAUUAAAGGGGGAGCAGCGAUAAAAAAGUAUCACGUGUUGAACGAUAAGAGGUUUAUGCUGACUAAAGACAGCGAGCAGAAUGUGGCAAUUUACGAUGUGUUAAAGGUUAAGAAAGUUGAAGAUUUGGGUAAAAUUGAAUACGAGGAUGAAAUCAAAAAGCGCAGCCAGAGGGUAUAUGUUCCGAACUGGUUCACGGUUGAUCUGAAAACAGGGAUGCCAACGAUUGUGCUCGGUCAGGAUGAGGUGGACUGCUUUGCGGCGUGGGUUUCAGCCGAAGCUGGCCUUCCGGAGCAUGCAGAAGCCGGUACGGAUCCAAAAGUAAACUAUGGCAGCCUGCUGCUGCAAGCACUGUUGGAAUACUGGAAACCGCCACCUCCGCAUCACCACUUGCAAGGCGGUCCGGACAUGGAAAACGGUUGCGACGGAGACAUCCGUGGAAACGAGUACUUUAUCAUACCGAAACACACGCCGAUCAUUUUCAGUGAAGUUGGCGGACGAAAUGUGUGCCGUUUGCUCGUGAAGGAUGCCGCCGGGGAGACCGAAAGUGCGCUGCUGAGCGAAACCGUUCCGUCCUGGGUGACCAACGUGGUAAUCGAACGAACAAUUCCCAAGUUUAUCAAGCUUCCCUUCUACUUGCUUGCCCAUCCUUCGAUGCUGAAGCAGGAUCGCAGCAAAAAGGAACGGCUCAUCGCGAACGAGUUCAUCCAGUGCCGGAAGGUGUGCGAGCACGUGCUGGAAAAGGUACUGGGGGCCGAUCUGCCGGCCAGCACCGGCAACUCCAACUCGUCGCAGAACAACAGCCAAAGUGAUGCCAACUCCGAGGGCAGUCAGGUACCGGCCGAGGAACGAAUCGAGCUGCUGUGCAAUGAUGUGGUUUGUGACCCCAACAUGGACCUCCGAACGGUGCGGCAUUUCAUCUGGAAGCAAUCGUCGGAUCUCACCUUUCACUAUCGAACCAAGUCAAAUUAGGUUUGUUUUCUGUUUGUUUUUUUUCGGUAGGUAACAUUUUAUUUGGCACGCGGCAUCAUUACGCGCAUAUGUAUGUUACGAUUUCUUGCGAGAUCAUUUUGUCUGACCAACAAAAUGUGAACUGAAUGAACUGUGAAUGUGAUGAAAAGUAAGAGAAAAAACCACUUCCUUAAUAGAAUCGCUUUUUCGAGGGCAAAAGCAGUGACUGCGCGGGCACGGGCGUUUCUAGUUAGAAUAUAGAAAUGUUAUGUUUUUUAUUAAAUUAUUUAUACACCGAACUUUUUUUAAAAGCGGCUAUCUAGCUUUCUUCUUUUCCAUUUGCUUGCAUUUUGUUUCGCAACAAACUAUUCCAUAGAUUGAUGAAUCUGAAGCCAGUGUUUGAUUUGCAUCAUUUGCAUGGUGAUCAUUCACGGUGGGAUUUGUUUAUUUUAGGUGGUUUAAAUAUUGCCAAUCCAUUUAGGGAAAACAACUAACGAAUACAAGCGGAAAGUGUGUACGCAUAGAAGGAAAACAAAAGCAACAGAUGAUUAGGGAUUAAACAAUGAAGAGUAGCAAGACGGAAUUAUCGGUUAUCUGUCGUUAAAAUUAAUCGAUGACAAUUGCAUACAGAUUAUAAUCGUAAUAAGAGAUACAACUAUGAGCAUUAGAAAGCUUAUGACUUGGUCAGCGCUAAUGGUAUCAACA